AUGAAUCCUAUGUUUUACUUCCUUCUUGCCUUAGCCGCUGUUUUGGCCGCAACGGCAAACGCCGGCAAACCAAUUCUCGAUUCUAAUGGUUAUCGUGUCGUAGCCAACGCCAGUUACUACGCUAGGCCCCUUGUUAGCUACUUCGAAUUGGACGGUGGCGGCCUAACUCUCAACACCUUUGGUGUCAACAUUUGCCCCUUCUAUGUUGGAAAGGAGAAAGGAGUGUUCGAAGAUGGCAUUCCCGUCAAAUUCUCAGACUGGAAGUCUGGCGAUGGGUUCGUUCCCGAAUCAGAGAACCUCAACAUUGAGAUGGACGUCAAAGACACGCUCUGCUUUGAGCCAACCUAUUGGCGUAUCUCUACGGCCCCUGUGGUCCCUGUGAGGUUGCUCAUAAAGACUGGUCCUAAGCCGUCUAGUGGUUUGUUCCAGAUCAGGAAAAGUGAAUAUAUACCUGCCCGUUAUCAAUUUUUCUUUUGUCCUGACGGUUACGACUGCACCAAAGUGGGAUUAUUUGUGGACAACCAGGGCCUUUGGCGUUUGGCUUUAAACGCUACGACUAUAUUUGAGGUUGGGUUCAAGAGAGUUCGUAAGACAUAGACUUCCUCCAAUACUAUGACAGUUAUCUGAGAGAAAUUAAAGACAAACACAAAUUAAGAAGAUAAGAGUUAAACGUACGACUAACAAUAAAACUCUAUCUGUGUUCCCUGUUAUCUUUGUUCACCAAUCAUUAUAUAUGGAAUAAAACAUACUAUUUCCUGUGUUUC